GUAGUUCAUGCACUGAUUUCUGAAGCUGCGCACCCCUGUAUUGCCACAUCUUCCAGUGGUGCCAUUUACAAGUGCAGAGCAUUCUGUAAGUUCUUUCUAAUUUUUCUAAAGUCUCUAUAAAGCUUUCAUCAUAACGAAAGUGAUGAAAAUGUUGCCUAAUAACGUCAGAGCAGAUUUCGGAUGGUAAGCAAGCAAGAAUUGACCCGAUGCACCACUUUGGGGUCUAAAGGACGUCUGGACUUGAAGGGAAAGAAGUCAAAGCUCGAGAAGGGAGCGUAUUUUCAGUAAACCGAAAGAACAAAACAAGUAUUAAUGGUGCGCCAUGGAGUGCACCAGCAUCAACCCAGCGCGCCCUUGUUGAAAGCAUCAUCCUGAGAGAUGAUGAUGAGAGCGCCAACAUUUGGACUUGUGUGGAGCUGUCUGGGCUUUCUUCACAGCGUUCACUGCGGUUUAGGGGACAACCAUGUGCAUUCCAGCUUUAUUUACAGGCGGUUGCGUAACCACGAGCGGCGAGAGAUCCAGAAAGAGAUCCUCUCCAUCCUGGGCUUGCCCCACCGUCCCAGGCCCUUCGCGCAGGGGAAACAAGGGUCGUCAGCACCUUUGUUUAUGCUGGACCUGUACAACGCGAUGACGACCGACGAGGAGGACGUGUUGCUCGGAAAGGCGCUCGCUGGGAAACCGCGUAAAAGCGCGUCUGGAGUUGCACAUGGACAUUGGCGUGCGCCGCAUCAGGCGUACCGCGCAGCGCCCGCGGCCAGCCAGAAUCCGCCUCUGGCCACAGAGCACGACACCAACUUUCUGAAUGACGCGGAUAUGGUGAUGAGUUUUGUCAAUCUAGUUGAGAGGGAUAAGGAUUUCUCCCAUCACAGACGACAUUACAGAGAGUUUCGUUUCGACCUGACUCAGAUUCCUGAAGGUGAAGCUGUGACUGCUGCAGAGUUCAGGAUUUAUAAAGACCAAAGUCCUGUCCGAUAUGAGAAUAUCACACUCAAAGUCACCAUAUAUCAAGUCAUCAAAGAAUAUGCAAACAGGGAUGCUGAAACAUUUGUCUUGGACUCUAAAAAGAUCCGUGCUUCUGAUGGAGGAUGGCUGGUGUUUGAUAUCACAGCCACCAGUAAUCACUGGGUUUUGAAUCCACAGCAGAAUAUGGGCCUUCAACUGUGUGUGGAGACCGCUGAUGGUAAAAGCAUCAGUAUGAAAUCUGCUGGCAUCAUUGGAAGAAACGGCCCUCAGUCCAAACAGCCAUUCCUUGUUGCUUUCUUCAAAGCCAGCGAGGUGCUUCUCCGUUCCGUAAGAGCCACGGGUGGAAAGAGGAAGAUCCACAACCGAAAUAAAACCAAAACCCAACAAGAAACUUCACCAGCUCUCAAAAGUGGAGAUCAAAACACCAGUGAACAGAGGCAAGCCUGCAAGAAGCAUGAACUGUAUGUCAGCUUCCGCGACUUAGGAUGGCAGGACUGGAUUAUUGCUCCGGAGGGAUACGCAGCCUUUUAUUGUGAUGGAGAGUGUUCAUUUCCAUUGAAUGCACAUAUGAACGCAACAAACCACGCCAUUGUCCAGACCUUGGUCCAUCUAAUGUUCCCUGACAAUGUGCCAAAGCCCUGCUGUGCACCAACCAAACUAAAUGCCAUAUCAGUGCUGUAUUUUGAUGACAGCUCCAACGUGAUAUUGAAAAAGUACAGGAAUAUGGUGGUAAGGUCCUGUGGAUGUCAUUGAAGGCCGGAGUGCUUCUGUGAUAUUGCUGGAACGAAAAACAUAUCAAAAUAAAUAGUUUUUGACAUUUGAUGUACAGUAUUAUGUAUAUAUUAGCUUACAUUCCCUCUUAUUUAUUUGCCUUUGCUUUGAUAUGAUAUGAUAUGAAAGCUGUAGAUCAGUUACUACUUCUUCUACAGAUCCGUGCCUUAUUGUUUUUUUCUGAAACAAUGUUAAAACAUUAGGCCAGAAUUACCAUAAAUUAAGUUGACCACUUCAACAUGAGCUUGCUGCUAUUUUACAAAAGAAAUCCCAAAAAUAGUUACAUAAUCACAACGUUGGUUUUCCAAAAAGAACAUGUCAUUUAAGUUUCUUUGUCAAAAUACAUUUAAUGUUGUUAUAAAAGCACUGAGUAUGUGUCUUAGGACAUUUCAUAUGUUUCACAAAUAGUCUAAAGUGUUGCAACACACAAUACUGGUUUAUGUCAGUUUGUUGUGGAUAGCAGCGGGUGGAUAUACAAAUUAUUAUUCAUUUUUAUCUAUAUUUUAUUAUUGUUAUUAUUUUGUUUGUAUUCAGAGAAAAUAGUCUUCCAAGAUCCUUGUAACUUUUCUAUGUUUUCUUAUACUAGUACUUUGAGUAAUAUAUUUUUGGAAAAAUAUUUUAGAACCAUGUUUAUGUAUCAUUAAAUCUAUUUUCAAAUA